GUGCUUCGUAUGGUGUGGACGCGUUCGAAUGAGUUUCGGAUUCCUUGUACACGGCAGUUGGAUUUAUGCCUCGCGUGUUUAUUUUAUUGCUUCUCAGCAGGUUAGCUGUGACGCCUUAGCUGCCAGUGACUCCUUCAUUUGCAUAUUAACAUCGGCAGACUCUUUUGCACAGUGUAUCCUCUCCUCUUCCCCCUCAGGAAUUUGCAUCCUGGUCGGAUACCGACUCGGUCGCCGAGUCUCAACCGGCGUUCUGAGUAAAGAUCCUUCUGAUUCCACAGUACCUAUGGCUCUUGAUUGUGAGAAUGAUAUGUCGUCUAGAAAGAAAACGACCAGGGACCGUGAAGUCGACACGGAGGCAUCUCAGGGGAUAGCAGCGCCACCAAGGAUUCGCGCGGUUACUACAAGUAAAACCUCGGUUUUGGCCUCAGCUUGCAGACCCUGGUCGGUGCCGCCUGUCAUUUUGAAUCCUGCUUUAGCGCGUUCCAAUGGCGCCGACAAUAUGGCUUAGAGUGAGGGCCAGGGCUUCCAAACAGCCCUAUAAUUUAGCGUUUGUGGCGCCGCUUGAGAUAUGUUCCUCGGUAAAUCGGAACUAGCAAUAUGGUGCAAUAUGGUUAAAUAUGGGCGUCCAUUGUUGCAUAUAUAUACCAUAUAUGUAUAAAUGAAAUUAAAGACAAAAUUAUUUUUUAUUGCAAUGCUUUAUUAAAAAUUAUAUGUAUCAUACAUACUAAUUUCUAUUCGAAAGACAUGAGGGAAUCUAUUUUUUUUCUUAGAAUAUAUUCUUUUAGCCGCGACAUACAUAAAAUUAGCGUCAUGUUCUACUUCCACUUUUCCAGUUAAUAAAUUUCCACGGUGCCGUCUAGCAUAAUCAAAUCUAUUUAAGAGCGUUAUCAAAUCAUCUGCUGACAACAUAUAGAACUUAUAUUCGUUAAUUUUAACUAAUUAUAUGCGUAA